UUGGAGAGACACUGAGGCAGCUCCUGCCAGGACAGUGGCAGCCACAGAAAAGGCUGAAAAUAACCGCUGAGAGGAGCAGAAUUCCUCCAACUGAGUGAUGUAGAGGAAAAAGGACCGAGUUGCUCGUGAAUAAAACAGCAGGACCCAUGACCCUGACACGAGGAUCCUUCACCUACUCAAAUGGCGAGGAGUACCACGGUGAAUGGAAAGAAGGUCUGCGUCAUGGCCUGGGUCAGCUGAACUUCAGCGACGGGACGUGCUACACUGGACAGUUUGAGAACGGUCUCUUCAAUUGCUGUGGGAUGCUGGUCUUCCCUGAUGGUUCCAGGUAUGAAGGUGACUUUGUGCAGGGGAAGUUCCAUGGUGCUGGAGUCUUCACUCGCUUUGAUGGGAUGAAGUUUGAAGGCGAGUUUAAAAGCGGUUGUGUGGAUGGCUAUGGAGUGCUCACGUUUACGGACAGCGGCCCCGGUGCUGGAGGCAGCAGCCAUGAGGGCCUGUUUGAGACCAACCAGCUGAUAAAGAGAGAGAACAGCCAGGAAGCCGUGCAAAGGGCACAGGCGGCCGCCGCCAAGGCCCGAGCACUGGCCAUGUGACCCAGAUGACAUGACCCUCAGUGCCCCGCUGAUCCACCUCCCAUCGUUCUGCUGUUGGAUUGAACAACGGUCAAAAACAAUCCUUACCUUAUCUUUCAUUUAUAAUCUAUUUUGUUCUUCAGCAUUUUUCUUUUUGUAUUAUUUCUUAA